AACGAAAAUGAAUAUAAUAUUUUAUUAUUAGGAUUGACCGGCAGCGGGAAAUCUUCAUUCAUCAAUGCAGCAUCAAAUUAUUUAAAUUUUAAUUCUUUAGAAGAGGCAAUGUAUAAAGGAAAUGUAGAAGAUAUGUUUACAGUUAAACCAACUAAAAUCAAUAUGACAGAUUCGAAAUUUCAAAAUCAUUCAUUUACAUACGGUGGUAUAAAGUCAUCCAAUGAACAACCAGGUCAGCAAUUAACUCCAGAUAAAUUCAAUAAUGAAAAGGAAUGUGAAAGCGAUAUCAAAUGGGGCGAAUCAGAAACUAAAUCCCCAAAGAAAUACAAAGUUAAAUACAAUGAUAGAACAUUUUGUUUAAUAGAUACAAAUGGGCUGUGUGAUACAAGGGGUCAACUUCAAGAUGUAAUUAACUUUGAAAUGAUAUUGGCAGAAAUAUCAUCAUUAAAAUAUUUACAUGGUAUCUGUCUAUUCAUGAAGCCAAACGAUAGUAGAUCUACUUUGAUGUUCAAGUGGUGUCUAAAUGAAUUAUUAACCAAACUUCAUCAAAGUGCAAAACAAAAUAUUUUCUUUAUUUUUCCAUUUUCAAGAGGUAGUUUCUAUAGAGGAUCUGACACAACUAUGACUUUAAGAUCAUAUCUUAAGCAACUUAGUAAAGAAAUGAAUAUUGAGAUCGACAGUACCGGCAGAGAAUUUUAUUUUGAUAACGAUGCUCUUCAUUUUUUAGCAGUUUCAAAGAACGGUGGUUUUUUUUACAAAGAAGAAGAGCUCCAAUAUCACGAAUCAUGGACAAGAUCAUCUUUAGCUUUAAAAAGAUUGUUUACAAAAAUAAUAAAUACACCGCCACACGAUGUAAGAAACACUAUCUCGAUCAACUAUGCCAGGGUAAUGAUCUUGGAACUAGCUAAACCAAUUAGUGUUUGCUUAAAAAAUAUUAACGAUAAUUUAAGAGAAAUCAAUAGUCAUAAAAAAACUCUUAGAAAAAGUUUACACCAUGCCUCGAUUACAAACAAUGACCAUGCAGACCAAGAACUCAAAGAUUAUUUAUAUACUCCAAUUAUAAAAAUUCAGUCCCAAGUUUUAGAUCGUCCCAAAUCUGUUUGCAAAAAUCAAUUUUGUAUAGAAAAAGAAAACCAUCGUAUGGCAAUCAGCGGCGAUGCUAAUAAUGUUGUAAACUAUAGAUUUUGCUGUGGUAACUGUUUUGGUGGAAUAUUCGGCUCAUUGUAUCUUUGCUUUACUUAUGAUAUUAAUGGGAAAUGUAAAAGCUGCUAUAAGGCCAACGGAACACUCUGCCAUCAUUCUGACCAUGUUAUUAUUCGCUCAAUAGAAACUAGAUAUCAAGUUAAACAACCCCAUAUUUUCGAUGAACCAACAUCAAUAUUUUCAGUUGGUGAACAAAAUAAUAUUUUAAACCAAGAUAAAGAAAAUAUUAAAAAAAGUGCCAAUGAAUUAAUAAAGAAAUUAAAAGAAAGAAAAAGCAAAUAUGAAAAAGAAUUGAAAAUUAUUACAGAUGCCACGGUUUCAUUUUCACUAUUCCUUUAUAAACACAGUUUAAUGCAAUUUAAUCACGAAUAUGAAAACUAUAUAGAGUUCACAAUUAAGAAUGAGACCGAUACAGAAUCAAUUCAAACCCUUACUAGACAUUUAGAGAACUAUAAACAACAAGUAGAAAAACAACUAAGAGCAAUUGAAGACAACUCUUUUGAUAUUGGAAUUAAACCCAAAAAAAAAAAAAAAAAAAAAAAAAAAACCUAUUAUUAUUUAUAA